CUCCGCGCGUUGCGUGUGACGUCACACGCACGCCCGUCUCUGGGCGCGAGAGUUUCGGCGGUCCGAAGUACAGCCCCACCCUGCGUGCGCGGAGGGGCCGUGUCUUGAAAUGCAGCGGGAUUUAGCGAGUUUUCCGCUGUCGCCGGCGGUGCGCGUGAAGCUGGUGACUGCGGGCUUCCAGACGGCUGAGGAGCUCCUGGAAGUGAAGCCUUCCGAGCUCAGCAAAGAAGUUGGGAUAUCUAAAGAGGAAGCCUUAGAAACUCUGCAAAUUAUAAGAAGAGAAUGUCCUACAAAUAAACCAAGAUAUGCUGGUACAUCUGAGUCAGGCAAGAAGUGUACAGCAUUGGAACUUCUUGAACAGGAGCAUACCCAGAGCUUCAUAAUUACCUUCUGUUCAGCAGUAGAUAAUAUUCUUGGGGGUGGAAUACCCUUAAUGAAAACAACAGAAAUUUGUGGUGCACCAGGUGUUGGAAAAACACAAUUAUGCAUGCAGCUGGCAGUGGAUGUGCAGAUACCAGAAUGUUUUGGAGGAGUAGCAGGUGAAGCAGUUUUUAUUGAUACAGAGGGAAGUUUUAUGGUUGAUAGAGUGGUAGAGCUUGCUACUGCGUGCAUUCAGCAUCUUCACCUAAUAGCAGGAACACACAUGGAAGAGGAACAAAAAGCUUUGGAAGAAUUCACUCUUGAAAAUAUUCUUUCCCAUAUUUAUUAUUUUCGUUGUUGUGACUACACAGAGCUACUGGCGCAAGUUUAUCUCCUUCCUGAUUUCCUUUCAGAACACUCAAAGGUUCGAUUAGUGAUUGUAGAUGGUAUUGCUUUUCCUUUUCGUCAUGAUCUUGAUGACCUAUCCCUUCGUACUCGGUUACUAAAUGGCCUAGCCCAGCAAAUGAUAAGCCUUGCAAAUAACCACAGAUUAGCUGGACACAAGUGCUUGAGCCAUCACCAGCACUCUCCCAGGGUAUACAGGAACAGGAAGCUAGAACUGGACACAAAGCUGCUUCUAACCCAGGUAAUUUUAACCAAUCAGAUGACAACAAAAAUAGAAAAAGACCAGGCCUUGCUAGUUCCUGCAUUAGGAGAAAGUUGGGGACAUGCUGCUACAAUAAGACUAGUCUUUCAUUGGGACCAAAACCAAAGCAGGUUGGCAACAUUGUACAAAUCACCAAGUCAGAAGGAAUCCACAGUACUGUUUGAAAUCACAUCUCAGGGAUUUAGAGACGCUGUUGCUACUGCAUGUUCAUUGAAAACAGAAGGUUCACUGAAUUCCCGGAAGCGGUCCCGAGAACCUGGGGAAGAACAGUAACCCAGGAACUAAUCUCAAAUAUGCAAAUACAUUGAUGCUAUAAAAUUCAGUGUGUACAAGUAAUAGACUGUGGCAUGAAUGAAACAAAAUUAUUUGAAGUGAAUGGGAAAAAUAGCUAACAAAUAUCAGUCUUUGAAAAAGUUUUACAAGUUCUACAGUUAUACUUUUCCCUGUUUUAAUUUUCAGUAACAUUAAAUAGAGAAGAUAUAAGUAUUAUAUUUCAUAAAUGUGGAAAACUUAUUUAUUGGCCAGGUUAUUGUUCAGACUUUUUCUUCUUUCUUGCCAAUAACUUAGAAGAUCCUAAGAAAAUGUUAUUUUCAUAUUUUUAUUGUGUUCUCUUUAAAUGUAGCUUUGAUAAUUCUUUUUUUAAUCUGAAUUGCAUUCAUGAUUUUUUUUUUAAAAGAUGUAUUUAUUUAUUUGAAAGUCAAAGUUACAGAGAGAAGGAGAGGCAGAGUAAGAGAGAGAGAGAGGCUUCCAUUCGUUGGUUCAUUCCCCAACAGGCCACAAUAGCCAGAGCUGUGCCGAUCCGGAGCCAGGAGCUUCUUCCGGGUCUCCCACAUGGGUAUAGGAGCCGAAGGACUUGGGCCAUCUUUUACUGCUAUCCCAGGCCAUAGCAGAGAGCUGGAUUGGAAGUGGAGCAGCUGGGACUAGAACCAGCACCCAUAUGGGAUUCCAGCAGUGCUGGCUUUACCCGCUAUGCCACAGCGUCCACCCUGAUAAUUCUUUUUUGAAAAACUUUUUUUGAAAUAUUUAUUAAUUUAUUUGAAAGGCAGUGUUACAGAGAGGCAAAGGCAGAAAGAGAGAGAGGUCUUUCAUCUGCUGUUUCACUCCUCAGAUGGCCACAACAGCUGGAGCUAGGCUUAUUUGAAGCUGGGAGCGUCUUCCAGGUCUUCCACGUGGAUGCAGGGGCCCAAGGACUUGGGUCAUCUUCCACUGCUUUCCCAGGCCAUAGCAGGGAGCUGGAUCGGAAGUGGAGCAGCUGGGACCUGAAUUGGCGCCCAUAUGUGUUGCUGGCACUGCAGGCAGCAGCUUUACCCACUAUGCCACAGUGCUGACUCCUUUGAUAAUUCUUGAAAAUGACCUAUUUUUAUUAUUAUAAAAAGAAAUCAGCACUGUGUAUCAUUAUGUUCAGUUUUAUGAGUAGGAUACACAUUUUAGAUGACCAAAUUUAUUUUGGUGACCUCAAUUCUAAAAUCUAAGCCAUUUGUUUAAAUUUUUAAAAAAGAUUUAUUUAUUUGAAAGUCAGAAUUACCCACAGAGAGAGAAGGAGAGGCACAGAGAGAGAGAGGGAGGUCUUCCAUCUGCUGGUUCACUCCCCAGUUGGCUGCAACGGUCAGAGCUGCACUGAUCCAAAGCCAGGAGCCAGGAGUCUCUUCCAGGACUCCACGUGGGUGCCGGGAUCCAAGGAAUUGGGUCAUCUUCCACCUCUUUCCCAGGCCAUAGCAGAGAGCUGGAUCUGAAGUAGAGCAGCUGGGACUCCAACCGGCGCCCAUAUGGGAAGCUUAACCUGCUACUCCACAGUGCUGGCCCCUUGUUUAGUUUUUUUUUGGUGUAAUUUUGUAAUGUUAAGGGGAGGACAUUGAAGCUAUUAUAUAGAAAUUGUUUGGGGGCUGGCAUUGUGGUAUAACAGGUUAAGCCAUUGCCUGCAAUGCUGGCAUCACAUAUGGGCAAUGGUUUGAGUUCUGGCUGCUUCACUUCUGAUCCAGCUCCCUGCUAAUGGCCUGGGAAAGCAAUGGAAGAUGGCCCAAGUGCUUGGGCCCCUGUAGCCACGUACGAAACCUUUAAGAUGCUCCUGGAUCCUAGCUUUUGCCUGGUCCAGCCCUGUCUGUUGCAGCCAUUUGGGGAGUAAACCAGCAGAUGGAAAAUCUCUCUAACUGCCUUUCAAAUAAAUAAAGUAAACUUUAAAAACUGGAAAAGAAAUGGUUUGGAAUAUAUGUCUUCCAGAAUAGUCAUAUUGAUAAGCUUACAAUUAUUUUUGUUCACAUUUUAGGACACUUUUGAAACAUGGUGGGAUCCAUUUUAGAAUGCUUGGUAUAUUGACAUUUUCCUUUGAAAAUCUUUACCCUUGGGGCUGGCGCUGUGGCACAGUGGGUUAAUGCCCUGGCCUGAAGCACCAGCAUCCCGUAUAGGCGCCGGUUCGAGUCCUAGCUGCUCCACUCCCUAUCUAGCUCUCUGCUAUGGCCUGGAAAAGCAGGAGAAGAUGACCCAAGUCCUUGGGCCCUUGUACCUGUGUGGGAGACCCGGAAGAAGCUCCUAGCUCCUGGCUUCGGAUCAGCAGAGCUCUGGCUGUUGCGGCCAUCUGGGGAGUGAACCAGCGGAUGGAAGACCUCUCUCUUUGUCUCUGCCUCGCUCUGUAACUCUGUCUUUCAAAUAAAUAAAAUAAAUCUUUAAAAAAAUUUUAAAAAGAGGAAACAGCAUGUUAAAAAUAACACAUUUAUAAAAAGAAAAAGAAAAAAGAAAAUCUUUACCCUGCCUGAAUAAAUUAAAAUUUUCAAUUAUUGAAUGGUUUCAAAAUCAUCCAAAAAUGUUUUGGUACUUAGAUGUUCUGAAUCCAUUCAAAACUUUGGUUUCCUGUGAUGAGAUAUAUUUAAAUAACCAAUUAUUAUAUACUGUAAUAACAGUAUUUUUCAGAUUUUAGUGGUAGGUGGUAUAUCCUGUCCCAAGUAAACGCUAAAUUUAUAAAAUUUUUUCAGCAUGGGCUGGCGCCGUGGCUCACUUGGUUAAUCCUCCACCUGCGGCUCUAGCAUCCCAUAUGGGCACCGGGUUCUAGCCCCAGUUGCACCUCUUCCAGUCCAGCUCUCUGCUGUGGCCUGGGAAGGCAGGUGGAGGAUGGCCCAAAUGCUUGGGCCUCUGCACCCACAUGGGAGACCAGGGAGAAGCACCUGGCUCGUGGCUUUGGAUUGGCACAGUGCCGACUGUAGCGGCCGUUUGGGGAGUGAACCAACAGAACAAAGACCUUUCUCUCUGUCUUUGUCUCUCAUUGUCUAUAACUCUACCUGUCAAAUAAAAAAAUUAAUUAAUUUAAAAAAUUUCUUCAGUAUAAGCAUUCUGUAAAUGAUUAUACAUAGAAUAGCCACAGUUUACCAAGAUGUUUUGAGAGUAAAAGCAGGUACUGGUUAAUAAUUAUACCAGUAUAGUGGACAUAAGCCAGGUUGUCCAGGAAAAUCAAAUAUGUGGUCAUUCUAACUAUAUAAGACUAAUUUCAAAUGACUACUGAGGGGCCGGCGCCACGGCUCACUUGGGCUAAUCCUCCGCCUACAGUGCCGGUACCCCAGGUUCUAGUCCUGGUUGAGGCACCGGAUUCUGUCCCAAUUGCUCCUCUUCCAGUCCAGCUCUCUGCUGUGGCCCAGGAAGGCAAUGGAGGAUGGCCCAAGUGCUUGGGCCCUGCACCCGCAUGGGAGACCAGGAGAAGCACCUGGCUCCUGGCUUCGGAUCACCUGUCGCAGCAGCCAUUUUGGGGGUGAACCAGUGGAAGGAAGACCUUUCUCUCUGUCUCUCUCUCUCUCACUGUCUAACUCUGCCUGUCCAAAAAAAAAAAAAAUAAUAAAAUAAAAAAGAAAAGAAAAGAAAUAAUGAUCGGGGUUAGCGCUAUGGUUUAGUGUGUAAAGCUGGUGCCUACAGUGCUGGCAUUCCAUAUGGGCGCCUGUUUGUGUCUUGGCUGCUCCACUUCCAAUCCAGCUCUCUGCUAUAGCCUGGGAAAGCAGUAGAAGAUGGCCCAAGUCCUUGGGCCCCUGCACCUGCAUGGGAGACCUAGAGGAAGCUCCUGGCUCCUGGCUUCGGAUUGACACAGCUCCAGCCAUUGCGGCCAAUUGGGUAGUGAACCAGUGGAUGGAAGACACACACACACACACACACACACACACACACAUACUCAUACUCUCUCUCUCUCUCUCUCUCUCUCCCCCCUCUCCCCCUCCCCCCUCCCCCUCUUCCUCUCUCUCUCCCCCUCUCCCCCCCCCCUUCCUCUCUUCCUCCCCUCCCUCCCUCUCCCUCUCCUCCCUCUCCUCUCUCUGUAUAACUCUGACUUUCAAAUAAAUACAUAAAUAUAUAAAUAUUUUUUAAAAAGCAUGAUCCUUGGAUGAUUCAUAUCCAAAUUAAAAAUUGAAAAGCAUUGUGAUAGACUUAUGCUACCAUUUAAAACAAAUUUUUAUGUAAAUGAAUUUAUUAAUACAUUAGAAUCUCAGAGUGACAACAAAUGCAUGAUAUAAAACAAUUAAAAUUUUUUGUCAUUUGUUUAUUUGAAUGAGAGAGACCUCCCAUUAGCCAGUUGCUCCCCAGAUACCCUCAAUAGCCAGUGCUGUUGGUCAAAGCCAGGAACCUGGAAUUUGUGUCUCACACAUGGGUGGCAAGGACCUAACCACUUGAGCCAACACUUGCUUCCUCCCAGGGUGUGUAUUAGCAGGAAGGUUGGGAAUCAGGGGUGAAGCCAGGAUUUGAACCCAGAUACUCUGAUAGGGAAUGCAAGUAUCACAAGCAGUGGCUUAACUACUGUACCAAAUGCAUGCCUCUGUGCUACUAUUUUUAAAAAAUAUUUAUUUAUUUGAGAGGUAGAAUUAUAGAAUAAGAGGGAGAGACACAGAGAAAGGUGUUCCAUCCUCUUGUUCACUUCCCAAACGGCUACAACAGCUGGAGCUGAGCUGAUCUGGAUCCAGGAGCCAAGAGCUUUUUCUUGGUCUCCCACACAGGUGCAGGGACCCAAGCACUUGGGCCAUCUUCCAGUGCUUUCCCAGGCUAUAAGCAGAGAGCUGGACUGGAAAAGGAACAGAAUGAGACACGAACUGGUACCCAUAUAGGAUGCCAGUGCCACACUGCCUUCUACGCAUAGCCUUGGCCCCUGUGCUACCGUUUUUAAAAUGCAUUCAUAAAUGGUCAUUCCCAUUUUUGAAACCAUGAAUAAAAGUUCCUUAGUUUUUUGGAAACUUUGAUUUUCAAAGAUGAUUAUUUCUUAUUCAGUUAUUAAAUAUACAUAAAUACAUACUUUCUCCUGCCCCCAGCAUUAUCUGUUAGUUGGUUUUAGCUCAUUAUGUGAUAGUACUUGUACUCUCCACAAUUUGUAUGGGCUUGCCACCUAAUGUAAAAUUGUUUAAAAUCCUACUUGCUGAUAGAUCAGUGAUUGCAUUCAGAUUUCAUCAAAAAUAUAAUCAAAACAUUAUAUUGCCUUUUAUUGUAUUUCAUGCCAUUGCUGAAAUUCAUCCUUUCUGGCAAUGAAUUUACAUACAUAAAUAAACUUGCAGGCAUAAACAAAACCAUUUAUUUGCAGUGUCUUUUUUAUUUUACUUUCACUUUAUAGUAUGAGUUGGCCACAGUAAAACACAAGCCAUUAAUGUAAUCUAAAAAUUACUCAUUCUGGGAAGAAAAAUACUACUAACCGUUCACAAUUUGCUUUGCUUUGAGAAAUUCUUUCUACUCUGUGUACUUUGGAAAUGAAUUUGAGUCUAAAAAAGUUCUUUAUUUGUUUUAAAGAUUUAUUGAUUGAUUUAUUCAUUUAUUUGGAAAGCAGAAUGACACAGUGAGAGACAGACUCCCCAGUCUGCUGGUUCACUCCUUAAAUGGCUGCCAGUGGUCAGGGCUGGGCCAAGGCAAAGCCAAAAGACAGGAACUCCAUCUUGGUCUCCCAUUUGAGUGGCAUGGGCCCAAGUACUUGGGCCAUCUUCUGCUGCCUUCCCAGGAUCAGAAGUAGAGCAGGGGCUGGCACUGUGGUACAACAGGUAAAAGUUCUGGGAUGCCAGCACUGCAGGCCAAGGCAUUAACCCACUGCGCCACAGCACUGGCUGCACUGUGGUACAACAGGUAAAAGUUCUGGCCUAUAGCGCCAGCAUCCAUCCCAUAUGGGUGCCCGUUCGAGUCCCAGCUGCUCUACUUCUUAUCCAGCUCCUUGCUAAUGUGCCUGGGAAAGCAGUGGAGGAUGACCCAAUUGCUUGGGCCCUUGCACCCACGUGGGAGACCUGGAUGAGACUCCUGGCUCCUGGUUUCGAAUCGGAUUGACUCAGCUCUCAUCAUUGUGUUCAUUUGAGGAGUGAACCAGUGGAUGGAAGAUUGGUCUCUCUCUGCCUCUCUUUAGCUCUGCCUUUCAAAUAAAUAAAUAAAUCUUUUGUUUUUUUAAGCAGCUGGCAGUCUGAUACGGGAUAGUGGCAUUGCAAGUAGCAGCAUAACUCACUCUACCAGAACACUGGCCUCCCUCAAUUAAGUUACUAAAUAUAUAAAAUUUGAAUUAUAGAAUUAAAUGCUCAGGUAAACUGUUCAGGGUUUUGUUUAUUUUAAAAAAGGCUUAAGGAUUCAAAUGCAAUUAUUGUAGACCUUAUUGCUGGAAGAAACCCUAAAGAUCAUCUCACGAAUAUCACUAAUUGAUCAUAAAUUUCUAUACUUUUUCAAAUGUGCAGAUUUCUUUGGCUAAUUUUUUUAAUUAAAAAAAAUUUUUUUUUAAAUUUUUUGACAGGCAGAGUGGACAGUGAGAGAGAGACAGAGAGAAAGGUCUUCCUUUGCCGUUGGAUCACCCUCCAAUGGCCGCCGCGGCAGGUGCGCUGCUGCCGGCGCACCGCGCUGAUCCGAUGGCAGGAGCCAGGUGCUUCUCCUGGUCUCCCAGGGGGUGCAGGGCCCAAGCACUUGGGCCAUCCUCCACUGCCCUCCCGGGCCACAGCAGAGAGCUGGCCUGGAAGAGGGGCAACCGGGACAGAAUCCGGCGCCUCGACUGGGACUAGAACCUGGUGUGCCAGCGCCGCAAGGCGGAAGAUUAGCCUAGUGAGCCAUGGCGCUGGCUAAUUAAAUUUUUUUUUGACAGGCAGAGUUAAACAGUGAGAGACAGAGAGUUAUAGACAGUGAGAGAGAGACAGAGAGAAAGGUCUUCCUUUUGUUGGUUCACUCCCCUAAUGGCCGCUACGGCUGGCGCUGCACUGAUCCGAAGCCAGGAGCCAGGUGCUUCCUCCUGGUUUCCCAUGUGAGUACAGGGCCCAAGCAUUGGGCCAUCCUCCACUGCCCUCCCGGGCCACAGCAGAGAGCUGGACUGGAAGAGGAGCAACCAGGACUAAUACCCGGCACCCCAACCGGGACUAGAACCCAGGGUGCUGGUGCUGCAGGUGGAGGAUUAGCCUAGUGAGCCAUGGCGCUGGCCCUUGCUAUUUUUUUUUUAAAGAUUUUAUUUAGGCUGACGUCGCAGCUCAAUAGGUUAAUCCUCCGCCUGCAGCACCGGCACCCCAGAUUCUAGUCCCUGUUGGGGCACCAGAUUCUGUCCCAGUUGCUCCUCUUCCAGUCCAGGUCUCUGCUGUGGCCCAGGAGUGCAGUGGAGGAUGGCCCAAGUGCUUGGGCCCUGCACCCGCAUGGGAGACCAGCACCUGGCUCCUGGCUUUGGAUCAGUGCAGUGUGCCAGCCACAGCGGCCAUUGCGGGGUGAACCAAUGGAAAAGGAAGACCUUUCUCUCUGUCUGUCUCACUGUCUAACUCUGCCUGUCAAAAAAAAAAAAAAAAAAAAAAAGAUUUUAUUUAUUUGAGAGGUAGAGUUACAAACAGUGAGAGGGAGAGACAGAGAGGUCUUCCUUCUGUUGAGUUACUCCCCAAAUAGCCACAAUGGCCAGAGCUGAGCCAAUCUAAAGCUAUCAGGCAGGAGUUUCCUCUGGGUCUUCCAUGUGGGUGCAGGGACCCAAGCACACAGGGUAUCUACUACAGCUUUCCCAGGCCAUAACAGAGAUCUGUAUCUGGAGAGGAGCAUCCAGGACUAGAACCAGUGCCCAUAUGGGAUGCUUGGCACCUCAGGCAGAGGAUUAACCUACGCCAGUCCCUCUUUUGCUAAUUCUUUCUUGGUUUUACAAAGACCUUUUAUUGAAUUGUCUUUUUUCCCCAAAGUAUUAAUGACUUUUAGCUUUAAUUUUAAGUAUAUACUCAAAACUUUAGCAUGUUUAUAUAGUGUUCUAUAUUUAUGGAACUUUUUUUUGAAGAUUUAUUUAUUUAUUUGAAAGUCAGAAUUACACAGAGAGAGGAGAGGCAAAGAGAGAGGUCUUCCAUCUGAUAGUUCACUCCCCAGUUGGCCACAACAGCCAGAGCUGCGCUGAUCCGAAGCCAGGAGCUAGGUCUUCUUCUGGGUCUCCCACAUGGGUGCAGGGGCCCAAGGACUUGGGCCAUCUUCUACUGUUAUCCCAGGCCACAGCAGAGAGCUGGAUGGGAAGAGGAGCAGCCAGGUCUUGAACUGGUGCCCAUAUGGGAUGCUUGUGCUUCAGGGCAGGUCAUUAACCCACUGUGCCACAGCGCCAGCCCUGAACACUUUUACAUCAUUUCAUUUUAUCCUUUUAGCAACUCUGUAUAGUAGACAUGGUAGGCUGGCCUGUUUUCUUCCCUCCCUCCUUCCUUCCCUUCUUUGCUGCCUUCCCUCUCCUAACACUAUUUACUACUUGUUGAAUCAAUAAAUAUCCAAAUAAGAUUUAGAACAGGUUCUUUUUCAAAUGGCCAGAUAAAAAUAAUAUUUGGUCAUAUGUAAGUUGGUGUUUCUGAGUAAAUUUAAAAAUACAUAGUUUAGAGGUGAGCAUUUGUCAUAACAAGUAAGAUACAAGUUAGGGCACUCAUAUCCCUCAUCAGAGUGCCUGGGCUCAAUUCUUGGCUCUUCCCUGUCUGAUACCCUGGGAGGCAGGUGAUGACUCAGUAGUUAGGUCCCUACCACUCCCAUGAGAGAACUGAAUUGAGUUCCUAGUUCCUGACUUCAGUUCCUGGACAUUGCAGGCAUUUUGGGAGCGAAUAAAUGUAUGAGAGCUGUCUCUAAAAAUUUUAAAUAUGUCAUUGUUUUUGGUUUUAAUUUUGCCUUUUUAUUGUAAAGCUGCUAUAAUAUGAAAUUUGCCAUUUUAACCUUUUGCAAAUGUACUAUUAAGUGACAGUUACAUUCACAAUGUUGUAUAUCCAUUAGUUUUCUAAAAUUUUUCAUCACCCUAAAAAGAAACUCUGUACUCAUUAGGCAAUACCUUCCCAUUCUCCUCUUCCCUAGGUCCUAAUAAUCUAUUCCACUUUCUGUUUCUAUGAAUUUUAUAUUGUAUUUAAAUGGAAUAAUUUUGUGUGUGUGUCUAGAUUAUUUCACUUAAUAUGUCUCUAAGGCUGAUACAUAUUGUGGCAUGUAUAAGUACUUCAUCCCUUCUAAUGGCUGUAUAAUAUACCCUUGUAUAUAAUAUUUA